AUGGUCAAGAAGAGCAAGUUGCUCUUAGCCCUCGACGCCCAAAAAGGCCGAGACUACGAUAAAGAGCGCCAGAAGAAACUAGCCAAGGCUGCAGAGAAGAGGAAGAGUCAGAAAAAAGCAGCGGCAGAAGAGGAUGAGGAGGAAAAUGUCAAUGGCGCUAAAGAGGUUGACGUCAAUAGACAGGAGGAAUCCUCAGAGGAAAAUAACGAGGAGGGUGGAGUAGAGGUACCAGCCGAGGAUGAAGAGGAAGAAGAAGAAGAAGAGGAGGAGGAGGAGGAGGAGGAGGAGGAAGCAGAGGAAGAUGAAGAGGAUAUACCACUUUCAGAUUUGUCCGGCGACGAGCGCGCAGACGUGAUCCCCCACCAACGCCUCACCAUCAACAACUCCGCCGCCAUCAACACGUCGAUCAAGCGCAUAUCAUUCAUUACAGACAAAACGGCGUUCUCCGAGCACAACUCCCUCGUAUCCACCGAGCCCAUUGACGUGCCCGACGCAAACGACGACCUUACCCGCGAACUAGCGUUCUAUAAAGUCUGCCAAUCGGCCGCCAUUGACGCUCGCCGAUUGCUGAAAAAGGAAGGUGUCCAAUUCACCCGGCCCACGGACUAUUUCGCCGAAAUGGUAAAGACGGACGAACACAUGUCCAAGAUUAAGAAGAAGUUGUACGACGAAGCAGCGUCGAAAAAAGCUUCUGCAGAUGCUCGGCGACAGCGCGACUUGAAGAAGUUUGGUAAACAGGUACAGGUUGCGAAAUUGCAGCAGCGCGCCAAGGAGAAGAAGGAGACAUUGGAGAAAAUAAACAGUUUGAAACGAAAGCGUAAAACCGACCCAUCCGGUCCUACCGAUAAUGACGAUGACCUAUUUGACGUCGCAAUCGACGAUAGCAACAACAAAAGCAACAAUAGACGCGGCAAUAAUGGAGGAGCAGGAGGAGCAUCAUCUUCCAAACGACAAAAGAAGAACGAGAAAUUCGGAUUUGGCGGGAAGAAACGAUUUGCGAAAUCCGGCGAUGCUAUGUCUUCGGCUGAUUUACGUGGAUUUUCUGCUAAGAAGAUGAAAGCUGGAGGAGCAGCGAAGAAGAGGCCUGGGAAGAGUAGGAGACAGUCUAUGAAAUAG